CACACACAUACACACACUCUCAGGUCUGAGAACUAUCUGCUGUGGUUCUGAUACCUGCAAAAGACACACUCUCUCACACACUCCUUAAAGAUGGCCUGGACUCAUACAGCUCUGCUGACACUGCUGCCCAUUGUUUUCAUUCUGAUUGUGCUGGCAGGAGUUGAAAGUGCAGCGGGGAGUGAUGGAAAAGACAGUGAACGUAAGGUAUCAUCUAAACAAAUUUUCAUGCCAGCAUCAGAUGCCUCAAACUUCUUCAAACGUCGCAGUCGCAGAUCGCCGAAAACUUAUGCAGAGUACUAUGCGGAACAGAGAGUGAAAAUGGGUGCAAAUGAGCGAAGGAGGGAGCACUUAGAGGAACAAAGCAACGAGCAUGAGAACUAUUUAGAGGAGGAGCGUGACGAACAGUAUGAGAGGACCAGAGAGAGGAAUGAACAGUGGAGAGAAUUCCACUAUGAUGGGCUUUACCCACGAUACCCUCACCACCGCCCAUAUGUCUGAACACACCUUGGGCUUCUAUCAGAAAAAUCACCAUAUUAUAAUGUUAGGCUAUUAUUAUUUAUAACUCAGUCUGAGCACUUAUACACAGAAAUUCCUUAAUACAUAUCAUAGAGAUUGGAACACACAGUAAGCACUUUCUGUUCUAAUCCUGUUUAGUCAUUUAUCUUAAAUGUAACGAUCACUUUAUUGGACGUUAUUUUGUCCAGUCAAAACAUUCAUGAUUAGUGAGUAAUUGUAAGCUUUUUCCCCUAUAGCAACUGCUUCCUAUUUCUUUGCAAGUAAUAAUUUAGCUCUCAUCUGACUUUUCUUUUUAAAUAACUUUGUUCAAACUGAAGUCUGUAUUGAUGUGGAUAAAAAGAGUUCACAUUUUCCACCUAAGUGAGAAGAUUUAAUCUAAAAUGCAAUGACCAGAAUGCUAUAAGAGGAAGAAAAAGCCAAUUAAUGUCAAAAAUUAAAAGAACGACCUGCACCUCCAUUGCAACAACUUAACUCAUAUACUGUACAUAUUAAAACAGAUGCAAGAGUUUGUGCUCCUACAGACUUUAAUACUAAUUCUUAGGCAGUAUUUGCUGGCAAUGGAAUGAACAUUCCUGCGUUGAGAGCUUAGACAGAUGGGAAAAUGAGGGAGAAAGAGGCAAGUGGAAAGAUUUAUCUACCUUCAUAAGCCUUGGUGCUGUCAUCCCUCCCACAUUUUCACCUGGCAGUAGAACGGCUUAUUUCUACACCUAAUCCUUAAAGAAAAGCACAAGAGGGUAUUAAAGCUUUAAUAUAUAACAUCAUAACAAGAGCCAAACAAGAUUGAGCAUGUGUGCCAACCUCACCAGUCAAUAAUUGAUUAAAUCAAUAACUGCUUUGCAGAUGAUCGUAUCAAGUCAAUGGAACACAGCACAAUUCACUUGAUUGUUUAAUCCAGGCAUGCCUCAUGGCACAAUUCAUAUAAACGCUCACAACUAAAACAGUACAUAUGAAUAUUUCUGGCUUCAGGUUAAAACAACGCACAUAGACACCAGACACAUAAUACAUGUAAAAGAACAAUCAUAUUUAACAUUCAGUGAUUCAAGGUCUUGUUUCAAUCCAAAGCUGACACCUUUCCAGGACUAAAGUCCCUGUCUUCUACUUAUGGAGACAUUAUGAGAGUCUUCAAAGAUAUGUGUUUGGAUUUCACAAGAUCAGGCUGCACACAAGGGAAACUGCUGCUACUUUAGUUUGUUAAGGAAUUUGGGCUGUUCCUCUCCACGUGGCAACAGUAGUUCACCACAUAUUUUGGGUCACUUUUUUCCUGUGGAAAUUAGAAAUAUGGGUUUAAACAGAGGCAAAGUGUGUCAAUACACAUACAUGCUGAUGUAUUCCAUAACAGAUCAGUUAUAAUGCAUGAAUGCCAAAACCCAAAUCUAUAGUAAAUAAAUAGAAGCUGUACCUUUAACAUGCCAUCGCUCUCUCCCACUUGAAGAGACCACACUGG